CCCAAGGGAGGAUCGUCAAUUUCACUGCUCCCGCGUUGUACGUACAAAAGCGCGCUUCUAAUUGCCGUAACAGCUUCAGUCUUGCUGUUCCGGCGACAGAAUCCGGUGAAAGCCUAUACGUUAUCGUCUCCUUCGUUGCCUCCGAGGUUCUGUAGGUCGAAUUUAGUAAAUGAAUAAUAAGCCUCCCUCGAAACCGGCGAUGCCGACGUCCUCAAUGGCCUCAACUAUCAAAGCCUACUCCGUGCCUCUAAUUCUCUUUUCUUUAGCUGUGUUUUAUCAGCUUGUUGUUAUUCCUAUCGCCUUCCCUACUUCUCACUACGACGUUUUGGGAAUUAAGAGGUACAGUUCCGUUGAUGAAGUGAAAGAAGCAUAUGGAAAGCUCUCGACCAAAUGGGAGUCAGGAGGGGAAAUUCCGGAGGCCGUUGAUUUUGUAAAGAUUCAAUAUGCUUACGAGUUGCUAAAAAAUAAUUUAUGGAAACGCGACUAUGAUCUUUUUGGCUUUGACGAACAACGAGGUGUUCUUGAAAAGGCUAAAAUGCAAUAUGCCAGAGAAAAAUUUUCGGAAAUAGGUCUCCCAUUGUUAGAUGAAGUUGCAUUAAAUACUGAAGAUCGCAGCCUUAAUUUCAUAACGUCUAAUGAUGUUCGAUCCAUGUUUAAUGAUGAUAAGCCAUCAUUAAUUAUGUUGUAUUCAUUUGGAAGCAAACUCUGCGUUCAAUUUUCUGAUGCAUGGAAACAAAUUGUUGCUUUGCUGGAUGGAGUUGCUAAUACUGCAGUAGUGGAGCUUGGUGAAGCUCAAUUUGCUGCUUACCUUGCAGAGAAAAAGCCUACUGGACAACCAUUCUUCAGGAAUGGACUACCAUCAUUUGUUGCCUUUUCUCCCAGCUGUAAAUCAAUUGAUUGCAUUAAUAGGUUCAAUGGAAAGCUUUCUUUUGAUGAUAUUACAGAUUGGUUUGCAACAACCGUACUGUAUCUACCUCGAAUCCUUUACUACUCAAAGGACAUGUUGGGACCUAAAUUUUUGGCAAAGAGUAGUCCCCAUAAGGUCAAAGUUAUUAUUUUUUCAGCAACUGGAGAACGUGCUGCACCAUUCAUUCGCCAAACUGCAAAGAACAACUGGGAUUCAGUUUCAUUUGCCUUUGUGCUAUGGCGAGAAGAGGACUCAUCCAUCUGGUUGGACGCGUUUGGGGUGGAACUUGCACCUGCUAUGGUAUUCUUGAAAGAUCCAGGAAUGAAGCCUAUUGUGUACCAUGGUUCUGUCAAUAGGUCCUCGUUUGUACAGCUCAUUGAACAGAAUAAGCAACAAGAGCUUCCUCAAUUAAGAAGUCGGACAUCAAUGGAGCUGGGAUGUGAUGCUCGUGGUUAUUCUCGUGCUGGAUCUGACACAUUAACAUGGUACUGUGCAAUUGUAGCUGGAAGGCUUGGUGCAGAACUCAACAAAAUGCGUGAAACAAUGCGCAGGGUUAAAGAAACUUUAACUAGUUAUGAAGCUUAUGGAGCCGAUGAAGACCCAAGGAUAUUUCCAGCUGUAGCCGCACUUCAAAGCAAACGUUUGUCCUUCACUUGGCUUGACGGUGAAGCCCAGAAGAAAUAUUGUUUCUUUUACAUUAGCUCUGAAUCUAGCUAUGAAACUUGUGGACCAAUGAGAGAUCUCAGUGACGUGCCUCGAUUAUUUAUUGUGCGGUACAAAAGGGAUGCUACUAAAGCUAAGGAGAUGAAGCCAAGAAGUAUGUUUGAUACAUCAUCUGAUGAUCCGGAUCUUGCCGCACAGCUUGUGGCUCUUUACAAUGGUUCAUCUGAAAUUUCAGAGAUUGCUCAAUGGGUCUCAAAAAUAAUCGAGGAUGGUGAUUCAAGGGAUCUGCCCUUUUAUAGAGUGAAAGCUCCUGAACUUGUUCAUGAAGAUCCGGAGCCUAUGAGUUUUGGAAGUGGUGGGAGUAGUUUUAUUACCAAUGUGUUGAAGAGGAUUGAGCACAUCAAAGUUGGAAUCUAUGACCGUCUAGAUGACCCAAGGAUUGGUCCAGUCUUGUUUCUUGCAUCAUUAUUGUCUUUCGGGACAAUAUGGCUACGGAAGUCUCAACCCACUCCCCCAUCUCGACCAGCUAGGCAACCGGACCCCCCAAGUGAAUCUACUCAACCAAGUCAACCAACUACUAAGGAAGGAAGCAAACCCAGAAGAAGAAACCGGUCGAGAACCGCAUCAAACGCUGAUGUACCUCCUUCCAUAACCGACUUUGAGCCUCCAAAUGCUUAUCAGAUGCAUCUUUCGGGUUCUGAUUCUGAAUAGUUGGAGCUGGAAGGGUAUAUUCAGUUCCUCAUAGAUAUAAAACUAUAGACUGAUAAAUCAUUAUUCAUCCACAGCUCUAUAGCAUUAUUUAUUGCAACUUUCCGGUGUUUAUUAAGAUGAUUUGGCUGUUGACUAUUACUGCGACGAAAUGGGGGACUCAAUCCCUCUGCUUAAGCAGGUUGGAGGAGGAGCUCUCCCCACCAUCACCAUGUACUUCAUUGAUUCACAGGUAGAACUGAAAAUUUAGUGAGCUCUAAAAUUCUGAAUCUUAUCA